AAAACGUUCUGGACCGAAUGUGAUGAUCGCAAGUUGUUCAGUAUAAGUAUAUAUUUUCUUUUGGAAUUUUUAUUGUUCACUUUGAGAUAAGUUUCUUCAUAAAGGAUAUUAUUGGCAAUUUAUUAAAUGGGUUAUGCUAACUUACUUAAUAGCAACUUUAUUGGUUUAUUGGCAUAAUUUAUAUUUUAAAUAACUGUUCUGUCACGAGACUAUGCCAUUACGUCGUAAUGUCAUCACUGCAUUCAUUUGGAUUGCCAUAGUUUCGGUUAUUGCAGUUCAUUUGAUUUGGAACGGACCAAACGAACCUUCCAAAAUAUUUAGUCAGCAAAGUAUAACACAAUUAAAAACUAUUUUAAAACGAAGUGAGUCUGAUAAAAAUAGCAACCAUCCAAACAACGAACGUACUGAUGAAACUAUCGUAUCAGAUUAUAACUCUAAAAGCGACUUAAUAAACCAUGUUAAUGGGCAAUUAAUAACUAAUGCUUCGUUCUUAUCAGAAAUAAAACAAUUGAAAAAUGAAAUUGACAUUAGAGAAAAAAAAAUACAAAAACUAAAAGACCAAAACCAAAAACUCAUCGAUAAAGAAAAACAAUUUAAAAAUUUAGCUAGAAGACUUGCAGUCAAAUUAAAAGGUAAAGAAAGUGGAACGUUACCUAAACUCGACCCUUCUAUUCCUUGGAUUUUUAGUAUUACUCCAACAAACCCGAGGUACACACAAAAAGCAGAAUUAAUUCGACUUUCGCAAACACUUCAACACGUUACAAAUUUCCAUUGGAUUUUAAUUGAAGAUUCAAAGUUCAGAACAAACUUAGUUAGCAAGCUUUUACAAGAAUCUGGGCUCAGUUUUACUCAUUUAAACGUUCGAACAUCUUGGCACAUGCAAAAAAAGAAAGGCGAGAAGUAUAACAAACAUCAUCGAGGAGUUGAACAGCGAAACGCCGGAUUAAAAUGGUUGCGAGAUAAUGUAAACCCUAAAAAAACUCCCGGCGUAGUAUAUUUCAUGGAUGACGACAAUACAUACCAUAAAAAAAUUUUUGAUGAGAUGCGUUGGACACAUCAUGUCUCUGUAUGGCCAGUUGGUUUAUCUGGAGGAGCAAGAUGGGCAGGUCCUGUUGUGUCUAAUGGUAAAGUAACAAGCUUUCAUACAAACUGGGCACCAGAUCGCUCGUUUCCUUUAGACAUGGCUGGUUUUGCUGUAAAUUUGAAUCUUUUGUUGAAAGAAAAACCAAAGGUUGUUUUUGAUAUUAAUGCAAAGAGAGGAUAUUUAGAACCAACAUUUUUGGAAUCUAUAACAACAAUAGACCAGCUCGAACCACUUGCAAAUAACUGCACUGAGGUGCUAGUGUGGCAUACAAGAACUGAAGUUCCAGUUGUAUCAAUUAAGGGCGAAAGAGAACUAAUAAAACUGGGGAAGCCGUCAAAUCCAUCCAUUGAAGUAUAAACUCAUAUGUUUCAUAAGUUAUAGUCAAGAGUGGUGCUUUUAAAAGCAAUCAUUAAAAUCUACUAGUUUGUAACGUAAUGAUACAUUAUUUCUACAUGCUGUGUGUACACCAUAAACAGAAAAAACAUCAAAAGAAGAAAACGCAUAAAAGUUUUGUUAAUUGUAAAUAUAUGAAUCUUAUUAAACAAAACUAAAUAAUAAAAAA